UCGUUUUCACUUUUCAGGUGAUAGUUUCAACGCAAAAUAAAGAUGCAAAAUAUAACAAAUUAUAAAAAAUUUAAAAAUGAACCCACGCUUUCAAAAUCAUAUAAGCAGUGUGUCGCCCCACACUAACUAAGCAGUUCACUUUUCCAGUAAGCAGUGUAUCGCCUAAAUAAAUUUCUCAGUGGUUUAAACUCGUUAGAGAUGGAAAACCAUCGAUGAUGCCAUCACUUUGAUGUGGGCAAGGAUGCGGGCCCAUCUCUACCACAAGUCCCAUCCCUAUUACCAAUCGGGUGUUUUGUUUACAGAAUUUUGAAAACAAGCUGCAUACUUCCGUGCUAGAACAAUGUCGGACAACGAGUACGAGCGCUUCGAGAUAACGGACUACGACCUGGACAAUGAGUUCAAUAUGAACCGGCCACGUGGACGCCAGAGCAGGCACCAACAGAUUUACGGUAUUUGGGCCGAUGACAGCGAGGAGGAGAGCGGCGGUGAGGGCGGUGGCGGCCGGAGGGGGCGGUCCGCCGGGAAGCCCAAGGACUACACCAUGCCCGUGAACUUUGUGGCCGGCGGCAUUCAGCAAUCAGGCAAAAAGAAGAAGAAGGCCCUGAAGGCGGAAGACGGCGAAGAACCCCGGCGGGAGGGCCCAGAGGAUCAAGGAGACAGGAGCGACGACUCCACGGCCAGCGGACGUGCGGCCUUCGGCCAGAGUGACCCGGACGGCUCCAACAGCUCCACGGAGGAGGAGAGACCCUCGCUGAGUCGGAAACCGGCCAGUGCCACCUUUCAGCACCGCUCGCACAUCGCCAGCGAGCGCAACGUGGGCGCCUGGGAGCAGCAUACGCGCGGCAUUGGGGCCAAGCUGCUCCUCCAGAUGGGCUAUGAGCCCGGCAAGGGUCUGGGCAAGGACCUGCAGGGCAUCUCGCAGCCAGUGCAGGCUCAUGUGCGCAAGGGCAGAGGGGCCAUCGGAGCCUACGGACCCGAAACGGCCGCCAGCAUCGGCGGAAAGGCCACCAAGAGCAUCAAAGUGGACGAGGAUGUGCGCGAGGCAAAGGAGUUCAAGGACCAGUUGAACAAGUGGCGCAAGGGAGCAGCUGCUGGAACCGAUUCGCAGGAGCGACAGGGCAAGCGCUACUACUACAAGUCCGUGGAGGAGGUGAUCGCCAAGGGCCACACGUCGAGCCAUCUACUUUCGGAGAAGCUGAGCAAGAAACUGGGCAAUGUGCCGGUGAUCGACAUGACGGGUCCUGAGCGGCGAGUGCUGAGCGGCUAUCACGCCUUGGGCCAAGCCAAAAUCACGCCGGAGGAGACGCUCUACGACACCGAACCGACGGAAAAGGGAGUCGUCCCCAUCUGCGCGUUUGCAAUGCCCGAAUUGACGCACAACCUUCAGCUCUUGGUGAGCCAGUGCGAGCAGCAGAUCAUCGCCAUCGACAACCAGGAGCGAGAAUGCUCCAGCCAGCAGGCAGCCCUCGAGAGCGAGCACCGCAAGCUGGAGGAAAUCGUGCAGCUGGAACGAAACCACAUCCGCACGCUGGAGGAGUCUCUGGACCGAGUGGAGCGGUUGAGCGAGAAUCCGGAUCUGGCCUUGCCUCAGGCGGAACGACUCUUUCGGGAGCUACUGGAGGACUACACUGCCGAGUUCCAGGAGUUCGGCCUGGCGGAUCUGGCAGCGGGCGUAAUAGCACCGCUCUUGAAGAGGGAACUAGUCCAAUGGAAACCACUGGAGCAGCCAACGGAGCCAUUGCAGCUGGUCAAGAAGUGGCGCGCGAUGCUGCAACAAGGAGAGCCGGCGGAGCAGCAGCCCCGCAACGUCUUCGAUCCGUACUCCUCGCUUAUUUGGGCCGGGGUGAUGCCCUCGUUUCGGGCCAGCGCCGCAGCCUGGCAGCCCAAGGAGCAUCCGCCCAUGGCUGCGCUUCUGGACGCCUGGGCGCCCUUGCUGCCCAGUUGGGUUCUGGACUCUGUGCUGGAGCAGUUGGUCUUGCCUCGGCUGGUGGCCGGUGUCCAGGAGUGGGAUCCCCUCACGGACACCGUACCCAUCGACAGCUGGGUGCUCCCGUGGCACGCGAUUCUGGGCAGCAAGCUGGAGGAGGCCGUCUAUCCACAGAUCCGCUGCAAACUGGGCGUGGCGCUGCGCGCCUGGUCGCCGCAGGAUCGCUCCGCCAGGGCCAUGCUCACUCCGUGGCAGCAGGCCUUCCCCGAGGAGGAGAUGCAGGAGUUCUUGCAGCGCCACAUCGUGCCGAAACUGCAGGCGACUCUGGGUGAGUUCGUCAUCAAUCCACUGCAUCAGGACCUGGAGCUGUGGCACCAAGUGUGGGAGUGGCACGAGCUCAUCGAGCCCAUGUACAUGGCUCAGCUGUUGGACCGGCACUUCUUCCCGCGCUGGAUGCAGGUGCUCGUGGUCUGGUUAAAUCAGUCUCCCGACUACGCGGAGAUAUCGCGAUGGUACACGGGCUGGAAGAGCAUGUUGAGCGAGUCGCUCCUCCGCGAGCCGAGCGUCAAGGAGCAUCUGCGCAGAGCCCUGGAAAUGAUGCAUCGAGCCAGCGACGCGCUGCUGCAGCCCACCGUCUCGCCCACACCCCCGCCCCCAGUUCCUCCGGCUCCUGUGAUGAUGUUGGAUCUAAUUCAUCCGCCCGCCCAGCUGGAGUUCAAAGAGCUUGUGUCGCAGCAAUGCGCGGACUUGGGCAUCAUCUUCGCUCCCAUUCCCGGAAGGCGGGAGAUGGGAAAACAGAUCUAUCGCGUGGGGAAGCUCUUUUGCUACAUCGAUCGCCACGUCUGCAUGCUCAGCGAUGGAAGCUUCAGCAACUGGCAACCAGUGGCACUGAACCAUCUGCUCGAACGCUCUCAAACUGGAAUACUCUAAGUUAAUAUUUACGAAAAUGAGUAGACUCUGGGUACCAAAAAAUGAUUAAGAAGUUUUUAAUGCCUUCGUUAAGGUGUGUCCCUUGAUAGUGCUCAGUAGGACGUCAUCGACGGGGUUUCCUCAGCACACUAGAACAUUCAUUGUUCAUAUUUUGGCAAAUAUUGGUCCACGAAACCUAAACUAUAUAAUAAAUAAACUAGUCAAAAAUUUGAA